GAUAACAUUUGAGAUUAGACUCAGAGACCAAACUAGAUACUGUGGACUGUGUCCAGUGAUAUAACUGGGUGGCAAAAAAUAGUUCUUGUCAUGGUUAUGUGGCACUCGGUUGACACUCUCCUGUCAUCAGGACACCACUCAACCCACUUGAUGCAGAGAAUUAGUGUUAUUCUGGAGAGAAGUGGACAUAUAUUAUUAAGAGCACUACACUCCAGAAGUACGUUGUCUUCAGUAGCAAUGGCAAAGGAAAUAACGAUUCCUAUUAUAUCUGGCCACAUAGCUGGUAAAGUGUGGAAUGAGGGAGGAUCACCUAUUCUUGGCCUUCAUGGAUGGAUGGACAAUGCCGGGACCUGGGAUGGGGUUGCUCCUUUGCUUCCCAAGAGUGUUUCCUUGAUAGCCAUUGAUUUUCCAAGUCAUGGGCUCUCAUCUCCAAGGCCCCGAGGGACUCCAUUUCACUUUAGUAAUUUGUUGCUUACUAUUGAAAGAGUAGUUCAGCACUUUGGAUGGAAAGAGGUGAACAUAAUAGGCCACAGCUUGGGUGGUGCUGCAGCAAUGUUGUAUGCAGGAGCAUUUCCAGAGAAAGUAAAAAAAAUUGUGAUGGUGGACCUCAUCAAACCAUUAUCAGUUGAUGCCGCAGAUCAGCCAGAUAAAACUGCUCGAGGAAUUUUGGAUUUCAUGGAAGCAGAGCUCAAAAUUGGCCGAGAGCCUCCAAGCUAUGAAUAUACAACUUUGUUAGACAAGAUGGUCAUGUCUUAUAGAUUUUCUUUAACAGAGGAAGCUGCUGAAGUUUUACUUAAGAGAGGGUCAGUAAAACAUGCUGAUGGGCUGUACUCCUUCAACUAUGAUCCAUUGUUAAAAGUAGGAAGUAUCUUCGGAACAUCAUUUGAUCAACAAAAGGCAUUUGCAAAUAGAUUGCAGUGUGAGCUGUUGCUCAUUAAGGCAUCAAAUGGGCCCUUGUAUGAGAGUAGAGAAUUAUAUGAUGAAAUUAUUAGUAUUUAUGAAAAGAAAGCUAAAAAAUUUAUAUUAAAGAAAGUAGAAGGUACUCACCAUGUGCAUUUAAACAAUCCAGAAAUUGUAGCUCCUAUUAUUAGUGAGUUUAUUGAAGAUAAAAGCUGACUUGAUGGAUCUUGGAUUUUUGUUAUUUAGCAAGCAAGGGGAUGUAAAUUUUUAUUUUCAGGGAUAUGUUUGACUGCCCACAGUAUUAAUACAGUAGUGGACAUGAUUAUAUGAAAUAAAACUCAGUUUACAUCAUCA